AUGAGCAAGACAGAAAAGCCUUUGUCAACUCUCUGGGGUUGUGAAUUAAAUGAAUCAAACAAGGAAGAGUCUUUUAAGACUGAUGAUACAAAUCAUCAGCACCAACUUGCAUUAAGAACUAUGUGCUUGGGCCACACUGCAAAAGAUGAAUUUAACAUUGUUGAGUUGGUCACUGGUGAGGGUGAUGCCAAAGCUGUGCCAAUUGCGACUCUACAUGCUAAGUCUAUGCCAACAGUUAACUUGUCUGGUUUAGAUUUGCACCCUCCAGUAACAUUCCGACUGAAACAUGGCUCUGGCCCGGUGUUUAUUGGUGCAGAACAUGUGGCCUUGGAGGACUAUUCUGAUGAGGAGAUGGAUGAUGAAGAGAUGGAUGAGGAGGUAGAGGAAGAAGAGGAAGAUAUUGAAGAGUCACCUGUGAAGAAACCAGCAAAAAAUGGUGCAGGCAAAAGAAAGAAGCCAGAGAAGGGAGAUGAUGAGGGUGAAGCAUCCGAAGGUGAAAAUAACCCCCCAAAGAAGGGUAAAGGAAGGGGGAGAAAGCCACUGGCUGCAAAGGUUUGACCCAGCAAUAACUAAUUUAUGAUUGAUAAAUGAACCACAACCUGAUGAAGGAAAAUGGAGUCGAUGAAGAAUAAAGAACCACAAUUCUGCUGUAGUUGUAAAAAGGCCUUUUAGAGGGUCUAGAUGUUGUGGCGCUUGUCUUGCAUUGCAGCCUUAUCCAGGCAUUUAACAAUAAAAUUGCAAAACAAGCACUUCUAUUUAUCAGAC